AUGAUUAAUAAUAAUGAAUCGGAUUAAGAACUUAUGUAAUAAAUUCUUACUCUUUAUGCUGAUCGAGAGGAGAAAAUAAAUAAGAAUUACCACAUACAUUCCAAAUUUAAUUGCGAUUGUUCAAUAUGUCACCAUCAACUAAUGACUGACAACCAAUUAAAAAAGGAUUUGGUUUAUGAUGAUUUCUACGAUCAACCAAGUGAUCGAUAUUUACCUGAUGAAUAGACUCAUGUAAGAUUUAUGAAGAAAGAUGGGGGAUCAUAAUUAUUACCAUAAAUUAGAGAUCCUAUUGAUUUCUUGGGUCUUUCAAUUAAAAUGAUGUAGCCAACAAAAAAUGGUAAGACCUUAAACAUGAGAGUCAUGGAUACAUUAUUCUUCUAUUAAAGAGAACCUUGUGUGUUGGUUUAUCACGAUAAAGACAAAGGUCUUAGAAUCAUAAGAGACAGACAUUUAUUAACAAAUUUAUAAGAACUAGGAUAGUUUUUAGUAAAAAGGAGAACAGAAUAUGAUAUAGAAUUAAGGACAGCUACAGAGAAAAGAGAGAAUAAAGAUUUCAAUAAUUUGGAAUUUGAUUAGAAGAGUGCUGAAAUUUAAUAGGGAAUUAAGAAGUAUGUUCAGAAUAUUGGAAUUCAAAAGGAUUUCAUUUUGGUUAAAUUCAAAAAUGGUGGAGAAUAGAUAAUGUCUUAGUUAGCAGCAAUGUAAUUGUUUGAAAAGAGAAAAAUAGAUUCAAUUUGGGAUACAAUAGUUAUGAUUCAAGCGUACCCAUAUGAUUUCUAUGGAAAGCUUAUUUUUAAAGCCAAGGAGAAUCCAGAAAAAUAUGAGAAUAAUAGGUUAUCCAAGUAAUCACUUUGUAAAGACCCAAAAAAAAUGAAGGAAGAAGAAAAACCAACAGAUGCAAAGUUAAGCAAAACAAAAAUAGCAGAUGAUAGUAUGAAGUUAACUGAAGAAUAGAAAUUAAAAUUAAAUGAAUUAAAUAAGACUCGGUAUCAACGUAUCACAUACAUUAAGGAUGAUAUCAAAUAUUAAGAUCAAUAUGAUAAAGCCUUAGAAUAGAUUUGCUAAAUAAACAAUCCUAAUUUUUAGACAGGCAAUCACAUCCGUCAACAUGAACUAUACUUAAAGGAGUUAAAGAAGAAGAGCAUGACACAAUAUUUAUAUUAUCAUAUGUAUUAGAUUGUCCAUUUUUUUGAAGCAUAUCAUCAACGAAAAAUAAUGAAAUUGAGAUUGGAUUUUGCUAGGGAUGAUUUCGAUAAUCUGUAUAUAAUAGAUGCAGGAUAAUUAUAGUUUAUAGAUGUAAGAAAGAUUGAGUGGGAUGAAAUGAUAUUGAAGGAGAUAUCUUUGAUUAAUCCAGACUACAAAUAGCUGGUCUUAAGGGAAAUAGAGGAGAAGGAGAAGUUACAAAGGGAGGGUGAAGUGGUAGUCAAUCACUAGAGAUAGAAAUAUUUAAAAUAGGCAUUUGAUGAGGUAGUAGGUUACUUCAGAGAGUAAUAUAGCAAGGCUAUUGAUAAAUGCGAAUCAGACUUACAAAAUCAACCAGAUAUUGAUAAGACUGAUGAAAUCUUUAAAAAGAUCAAUCCGAGAGCAGAUUUGAAAUUUUCAGAAAUGUUAGCUCUUCAUAAACCUGAUGAGAUCAUUAGAUAGAAGGAUUUAUUGAGCAAUUUCCCAAUAGAUUAGGCAAGAUUUUUAAGUCAAUAGAAAUAUUAUAGAUAAUCUAAGUAGUUGGUUGAGAGUAAAGAGAGAUACAAAAAAUAGUUGAGAUUAAGUGCUAGUAAAUUAUCAGCAGUUGAUUUGAGAUCGUCUUCAAAAUAUGCAUUCACUACUAAAUGA